AUGCUCGCUCUGGUCCACCCAUUCAAUCCCUCGUCCGACGUGGCGCACCGAACCCCCUCCUCGUCGUCCCGCUCCCGCCCGUCUACUCACCGAAAAUCGUCGUCUUCGAACCAGUCGUCUUUGUCGUUGACAUCAGCGUCCUCCUCGACGUCUCUUUCGACGUCCAGGCAUCUGCCACCGUCAAUUUCGACCUCCACACGGCAUAUUCAUGCCCCGCCACCACCACCACCGCUGCGUCGGCAAGCCUCACGACAUCCUUCACCGCCCCGUGCAGCACGGCCUCCCUCGCCCCAGCCGCUGCCACCCCAGCCGUCACCACAGACCCCACCAUCGUCGUUCGAUAUCCAUUCCUAUCCCUCCCCUGAGUUGCUCAGACUUCUCGCUUCGUUGCUCACACAGAUUGCUGCUACAAAUGACAACCUUGAUCAUGCCUCGUCAUCCUCAGAUCCUUUUCUUACACAGCCAUCAUCGCCAACGGCAACCGUAGACCAUCUUCCGAUAUGGAACACGCUGACCUCUGCUUCACGGGCAGCACUGUCAACGCCCUCAUCGACUCUCACUUUCCACGCACGAAAUAUCCCUACCAUUACCCUUGAAGCAUAUCUGUUGCGCAUUCUCAAAUACUGUCCAACGACCAACGAAGUCUUUCUAUCUCUCUUGGUCUAUUUUGAUCGCAUGUCCAAAUUGAGCGCAGAUGCCACCGGCCGCUCCUUCGUCAUUGAUUCUUACAACAUACACAGGCUAGUUAUUGCAGGUGUGACUGUAGCCAGUAAAUUCUUCAGUGAUGUGUUCUACACUAACUCACGGUAUGCCAAAGUUGGAGGUCUGCCCUUGGCUGAGCUUAACCAACUCGAACUCCAAUUCCUCUUGCUAAAUGAUUUUCGAUUGGUCAUCCCUGGCGAUGAAAUGCAACGUUACGCCGAGCAGCUCAUCCUCUUUUCCUCCGAUUCCUCGCCACCGUCAUCCUCUUCAUCCCCCUCAACCACUGCUGUUCCGACACAUGCCAUGGGUGCCAUAGAUGCAUUCGGUGCUCGCGUACACGAUCAUCCACAAGCAACUACGUCGUAUUACCAUCACCGACAUGGGGCACCCGAGUCGGAGGAGGAACCCGAGACCGAGACGGAAGCAGAGACUGAGACUGAGACCGAGACUGAUGGAGGCUGGACGACGGAUGAUGAACCUACAAUACGACCAGCACAUUCGACCGUCGGGUCGGAAGAUUCACGGAGUAUCUGCAGUGCGCAAGAUGAUGCUGGAGACACCGAGAUGGACACGGCGGCUGGUGAAAAAACACCUGAACAUAUUGCCAAGGGUGAGGACGGUGAGCGGACCCCAGAUCGGCAUUUUGGAAAGAUGACUCCAGACGAGAUAAUGGCAAGUCCGUAG